AUGACCCUCUCUCAAGGGACGUCAUUGUGGUAUCCGCUGGUGACCGCCAGCUCACCCAUGUGGACACAUGACCCGGAUGUUGCAUGGCGAUGCAGAGAGGACACUAUAUCGCUUCCCGACAACGUCGAGUUUUGGUUGUUCGCCUUCACCUCACACGCCGCCCGGAUACACUCAGCAGAGAUCGUGUGCUUUAUCACCUCCCUCCCAGUCCAUCUACUCGCGUCCAUCUUCUUACUUUGCUGCACCGACGGCGGAGCCACCGGCCGUGCCCUCGCACUGACCUGCCGCUACUUCCACGCCGCUUCCUACUCCGCACGCUUCCACUCCGUCAAACUCACUUUCACCCGCGACCGACACCAGCUCCAAACCUUCCUCGCCGCAUUCACCGCCGCCCGCGAAGUCGCAGCCGCGACCCGCGCCACGACCCCGCGCGUGCGCCACCUCUUCCUCUCCUCCGGCUGGCGCGAGCGCAUCCCGGGCACGCAGCACGACUCCCCCACCCACGCCGAGUUCACCGGGCACGUCGCGGAGCUCAUGCGCCUCGUCGCGCCCGACCUGCACACCCUCGCGCUCCUCCCCGCGGCGCGCCCGUGGGCGACCGACGUCCCGCUCCCCGCGUCGCUGGGCACGACGCCCUUCCCCUCGCUCCGGGCGCUCACGAUCGCGGGCGAAGACCGCGCGCCCAACUUCGCCCCGCUGGCGCCGUACUGGAUGAAGGAGGCGGAGCGCGCGGAGGAGGUGCGCGUCCAGUACCCCGCGCUGCCCGCGCUGCGGCGCCUGCGCAUCUCGAGCGGGCGGACGACGGGGGAUCUCGCGCGGUGGGCAGAGUGCGCGCCGGGGCUGGCGCGCCUGCAGAUCUCGGAUGUGCACCCCGACGCGCCUGAACAGCUGUUCGCGGGGCUCCGGCGGCUGCUGCGCCCCGACGGAGACACACAGCUGGUGGUGCGCAACGGGCUCGGCCCCGAAGCCAUGCGCUGGCAGGGGCCACUCGUCUGGCCGAGCCUCGAGCAGGUGCUCAUACGGCCGUCCCUGGUGCAGCCCCACGACUCUCAGGCGCACCGUCCGAUGCUCGCGCGCCUCGCGGUGACUAUGGACGGGGCGAGGAUGCACUGCGAGUUACUGCCGCCGCGUCCGUUCUCGGCUGACGACCGGGAGGCCGGCAUUGUACACGAGGCUUCCAAGGCUCAGUGGUUCGGAAAGGAGAGGCGGAGGUCAUUCUGA